GUCGUCAAUCUUCUCUCGUCCAGUUCUUCUCCAAAAUUCACCGUGCUGUAAUCACUGCGGGAGAAACAAUUAAGUGGAAAGUGGAAUUGAAGGAUCUCCAAACCCGUAAUCACCUCUGAGACUGAGCCUGAUUCCGUGUGGUGAUCGCUGCUGACGCGCAUUCGGAUCCUGCACCCUGUUUUGGAACGACAACUACCGGAUUUGGAUCGCGACCGUCCAUUGGAGCGGAGGUGGUGGUAGAAAUUCUUUGGAACGAGUCGGAUCCUUUAGAUCCGGAUGUCCGGGGAUCCGAGUAUGGAUGCGUUGCAGGAGAUGGGCUGGGAGGAGCUUCGGAAGGAGGCUCGGAAGAUAGAGGGAGAUCUCGAUGUCAAGCUGUCUUCGUACGCCAAGCUCGGAGCCCGCUUCACUCAAGCAGGUCAUGUUGAUGCUGGUUCGCCGACUUCUGGGUCCGGAAGGUCGUGGAAGUCCAUGGAAAUGGAGAUUCAGUCGUUGCUGGAGAAGCUACUGGACAUAAAUGAUUCAAUGAGUCGAUGUGCUGCAUCCGCUGCUCCUACUACCUCAGUUACUCAAAAGCUUGCGAGACAUAGGGACAUACUGCAUGAGUUUACCCAGGAAUUUAGGCGCACCAAGGGAAAUAUUAACUCAAUGAGAGAACAUGCGGAGCUUCUUAGUUCAGUACGAGAUGAUAUCAGCGAGUCAAAGGCGUCUGGGAGCGCAUCCCCACAAGUGCAGUUACUUCGGGAGAGAGCUACCAUUCAUGGAAGCAUAUCUCAUAUCGAUGACGUGAUUGGCCAAGCUCAAGCAACUAGAGCUGUGUUGGGCUCUCAAAGGGCCUUAUUUGGCGAUGUUCAAGGGAAAGUAAAGCAACUCGGCGACAAAUUUCCUGUCAUUCGCGGUUUACUUGGUGCUAUUCGAAGGAAAAAAUCUAGAGACACUCUCAUCCUCUCUGCCGUCAUUGCUGCUUGUACGCUCUUUCUUAUCAUCUAUUGGCUUUCAAAGUAAGCUGCAUUUUUAUCCUGCGUAAAAAAACAAAAUCGAGAGGUAAAAGAAUGGCUUUCCUGAUUAAUUUUUGCUUGCAAUAGCUUAGUUAUUCAGUAACUAUAUUCACUUGGAGACUAUCUUCGCGAUAACCCCCCGGCUUCUUAUCUUUCUCUUUUAUUUUUUUCGGCAUUAGCUGCUCCUGUUUUUUUACCUUGUGUACAAAAAUGGACCAGACAAAAAACACAGAAGUCUGAUUUCUCUGAGGCCUUGUGUUUUUGUUAUUAAAAGUAUGAUUUUUGAAUAGGUUUGGGCACCUAGGAAGCUACUAUUUGUCUCCAUUUUCGAAUAUAUAUAUACAUACAUGUAUUCUAGAUUAUGAUCUUCACUUUCAGUUUGUCUUUUGAAUGAUAUGGAUUUGAAUUUUUUAGUGAAAAGUAGGCUUUAUUUA